UUCACUCUCACAGAAGAUAACUCGACAGUGAGUUGCAGUUGGUCGGGGCUACUUUCAUAGGCCUUUCAAGUUUUUUGCAACGCAAAAACAACCCGCAAAAUAGAAGGAUGAAGGAAAUUUUUUUACUUCUAUGUUUAUGGAUGUUAGAUUUAACACCAGCGUCUGAACUGCCGUGUGAAGACCAUCUGGGGUUAGGACAAAAUACAGGCACUGGGAACCUCACGUUUAAAUUGAGAGCAACCAGUGGCAAUGCUAGUCACAUUAGAAUUAACGGCACCAACGCCUGGAAACCAGUUGUGAAUGGUCAAAAUUUUAUUCAGAUCAACAUAUCCCAGCCAGUUUUACUGACUAGUCUUCGACUUGACGGCGAGCGGGGAAAUACUAGUCGUGUGACGGGAUUUGUGCUGCAGACGUCGUACGACUGCUCUACAUACGAUUCACAAAACUACAGUGUACAAUACUUGAUGAUGGAUAUACCAAAAACUAUUCCAAUGAAGAAGGUGGAGUAUGUCAAAUGUCUAAAGAUUGUCCCUACCAAUUACACAGGGAGUAGAGCAGCUUUGAGACUUGAUCUUAUAGGCUGUCGUGUAGUAAAGGAGGAAACUUGCCAGAAACAAGCGCGACCACCAACAGAUAUACGUCUUCAUGCUCAUACAAGGAAACUGAUGUUCGAUCAGGAAAUUACUUUGGCGUGGGUAGCGGUACAACUGCUGUCUAACACAUCUGUCUUAAGAAGUUACGUACAACUAAAUUACAACCUGGACUGCGACGCGUCGGUCAUAACUGGUUAUUCGUUUCUUCAUGCGAGAUCGUCCAAUGUCACGUCGGAUAACCAGAAAUCGAAAUGGCAGAUUCUUGAAUUCGGUUACCCAAUUAGGGUCAAAUGUCUGUACGUGAUGUCCUCAAACAGAGAAACCAUCGGAAAGAUCUAUACGAAUAGAUGCAACUCGUCUGGAUGUGGCAUAAAAUAUUCCGCUGUACAUGGAAGAAGCAAACGUGUUAUCAAUGGGCAGCUUAACACACUUGGGCAAUGGCCUUGGCUUGUCUCUCUUCACUACCUGCCGGUAGUUAAUUUUACUAGAAUUUCGGGCUACAAGCAUGUCUGCGGAGGAUCUGUAAUCUCACCCAGCUGGGUUUUGACUGCUGCCCACUGCUUCUCGGACGAUAAUAUCAAUGGCCUCUCCAAUGUCAGCAACUGGAAAGUUUACUUCGGCCUACAUGACCUCGCUGAUGACCAGAACGAAAGAGUCCAGAUGAGGUUAAUUGAAAAAGUGUACAUCCACCCGGAGUUCAACUAUAAUCUGAGUCAAAACCUAAUGGACAUUGCCCUCGUCCACCUCAAUGAACCAGUCCGUUACACCAUGUACACCUCUCCAAUUUGUUUAGAUGAGUCGCAGCUGUUUUACAAUGAAAGACGAUGCACUGUUACAGGAUGGGGACAACUUGAGAGAGAGUAUGGAGCUCCAGGUAGUCGCUACCCACAUUCGGUGACCCUGAGGGUAAUGUCCCCAGAGGAAUGCAGCCUGUUCUUUGAAGUGAUGAUAGGAAACAUCUCCAAUCUACAUACUAUGGCGUGCACAAUAGAACCCGAUAGAGAUACUCCUCAUAUUCAGGAUGCAUGUGAGGGUGACUCAGGUGGGCCACUGAUGUGUGAGGUGAGUGGACGCUGGUACCAAAUUGGGAUAGUGGCAUGGGGCUUCGGCUGUGCGAUGCCAGCACUUCCAAGUUUUCACACACGAGUGACCUCCUUCAAAUCUUGGAUUAAAGAUACCAUGGCCUUAGAAGAGACACAUGGCUAG